GACGUGACAGCCACGUAUAAUAAGAGAGAGAUGGCCUUCCCGAGCCACAAGUUACCCUCCUUCCUAGUCCUUCUCCAAAUAACCAACGACUCACAUCCAUGGCCGGUAUCAUGUCCUCAACGGUCCAAAAAGUGCAACAGGCCGUCAUGGGCCCGCGGGAAGGCGACAAAGCUGCCGACCUGCUGAAGGACACCAAGGAGAUGACGCCCAAGGCGCGUCUGACCACCGACUACGGUGUCAAAUACACGUCGGCCGACGAUUGGCUCAAGGUCGUCAGCCAGGACAAGACGGGUCCGGCGCUGCUAGAGGAUCCUUUUGCACGGGAGAGGAUCCACCGCUUCGAUCACGAGAGAAUUCCCGAGCGCGUUGUGCAUGCUCGGGGCAGCGGCGCGUUUGGCAAGUUCAAGCUCUACGAGAGCGCCGAGGACGUGACGCUCGCCAAGGUGCUGACUGACACGUCGCGGGAGACGCCUGUCUUUGUGCGCUUCUCGACCGUGCUGGGCAGCCGUGGUAGUGCCGACACGGUUCGUGAUGUUCGCGGAUUCGCUGUCAAGAUGUAUACGGAAGAGGGCAAUUGGGACAUUGUCGGCAACGACAUUCCCGUCUUCUUCAUCCAGGAUGCCAUAAAAUUCCCCGACCUCAUCCACGCCGGCAAGCCCGAGCCGCAUAACGAAGUGCCGCAGGCUCAGACGGCCCACGACAACUUUUGGGACUUCUCAUUCAACCACACUGAAUCGACCCACAUGUUUAUGUGGGCGAUGAGCGAUCGUGGCAUUCCUCGUUCGUACCGCAUGAUGCAGGGGUUUGGAGUGAACACGUUCGUCCUCAUCAAUGCCCAAGGCGUGCGCAGCUUCUGCAAGUUCCACUGGACACCCGAGCUGGGUGUUCACUCCUUGGUGUGGGACGAGGCCCUGAAGCUCGCAGGACAGGACCCAGACUUCCAUCGCAAGGAUCUCUGGGAGGCGAUCGAGAACGGCGUGUACCCCAAGUGGAGGUUUGGCAUUCAGGUCAUCUCCGAGGCAGACGAGCACAAGUUCGACUUUGACAUUCUCGACGCCACCAAGAUCUGGCCCGAAGAUCUGGUGCCCGUCCGCUACAUCGGCGAGCUCGAGCUCAACCGCAACCCGGACGAGUUCUUCCCGCAGACGGAGCAGGUCGCCUUCUGCACCAGCCAUGUUGUUCCCGGCAUUGGCUUCUCCAACGACCCGCUUCUUCAGGGGCGCAACUUCAGCUAUUUUGACACGCAGCUCUCACGGCUAGGCAUUAACUGGCAAGAGCUGCCCAUCAACCGCCCCGUGUGCCCCGUCAUGAACUUCAACCGCGAUGGUGCGAUGCGACACACCAUCACACGUGGCACCGUCAACUACUGGCCUAACCGCUUCGAAGCCUGCCCCCCGGCAUCUCACGCAGAGGGCGGGUACGUCGAACUUGCCGAGAAGGUGGCGGGUAUUAAAGCACGGGCCCGAAGCGUGAAAUUCCAGGAGCAUUACAACCAGGCCCAGCUGUUCUGGAACAGCAUGUCCCAGGUCGAGAAGAACCACAUGAUCAGUGCGCUCGCGUUCGAGCUGGACCAUUGCGAAGACCCCGUCGUGUACGGUCGCAUGGUGACCCGGCUGACCGACAUCGAUCUUGGUUUGGCGCAGUCCGUGUCGGCCUUGGCGGGCGGCGAGAUGCCGCAGAGGGCAACCCGUCCCAACCACGGCCGCAAGGCGCCCGCUCUGAGCCAGACCGAGUUCCCCGGCGCGAAGCCGACGAUCGCCUCGCGGCGCAUCGCCAUCCUCGUUGCCGACGGCUACGACGCCGUGGCCUUCUCGGCUGCCUACGCUGCCAUCACGGCCGGUCUGGCCACCCCGCUCGUCAUCGGUACCAAGCGCAACAAGAUCGUGGCCGCAGAUGGCACCACGUCUGUUACCCCGCACCAUCACCUCGAGGGUUUCCGCUCGACCAUGGUCGACGCGCUGUUCGUUCCCGGCGGGGAGCAGUCCAUCAAGACGCUGUCCAGGAACGGACGCGCCCUGCACUGGGUUCGCGAGUCCUUUGGACACCUCAAGGCCAUUGGCGCCACAGGUGAGGCUGCCGCGCUUGUCCAAAAUGCCAUCGCGCUGCCGCAGAUUACGGCAUCCGUCUCGGGUGACGUCGUCGAGCGCUACGGUGUUGUCACGAUUGGCCAGGUCAAGCCCACAAACUUCAGCGAGGCGGUCACGAUCGCCAAGGGCGCCAAGGGGUUCCUCGAGAGCUUCUUCUACGCUAUUGCCCAGCACCGCAACUGGGACCGCGAGCUCGACGGGCUCAACACUCAGAUUGCCUACUGAGGGGUGUCGAUACAAAGUAUAGGGGUGUUUUGGACGAGUCUAUGUUAAUAGCACGACUGUUUCACCGUUACAAUGGAGUCUAGAGCAAUAUUUGACGUUGCCCACCUUACCAAGUGCCCAUUAAUGGGUAAUAUGAAGCAAAAAAAUAGAGUAUUCUUGC